GAAUCGAUGGCCUCCCAGGGCUGUGAAACAGACGCGAUGUCCUCCGAGAAAUGGCCACCGCCGCCGCCGCCACUGGUUCCCACCACCCUACUUGCUCUCGGCGGCGAUCUCCUCCGCGAGAUCUUCCUCCGCCUUCCAUCCCUCCCGAGCCUCGUCCGUGCCGCCUUCACCUGCCGCGCCUUCCUCAGCGCCGUCCGCUCGUCCCCCGCCUUCCGCCGCAACUUCCUCACGCUCCGCCCGCCCCCUCUCCUCGGCUUCUUCUUCGAUCCCGAAGGCUCGUCCAUCCCUUCCUUCGCCCCCAUCCGCCGCCGCUCCGACCGUGACCUCGCGGCCGCCGUCCGUGGCGCCGAUCUCUUCCUCACCCUCCUCCCCGACGACGACGACGCCUCCCCUGGAUGGGUUAUCGCCAACUGCCGCGAAGGGAACCUCCUCCUCGUCAACUGCGAAACGGGGAAGCUCGCCGUCUACAACCCCAUCACGGGGGCUCUGGAUCUCAUCCCCCAGCCGCCCGACGAGAUGCUGGACGACAUGCUGCAAGCCGGCCUUGGCAAUGGCACCGACCUUGAUCUUGAUUGCUGCAUCCUCUCCCCCGAAGAGGGCGGCGGCCCGCCGUCGCGCCUGCUCUAUUCAUGCCACGACGAGUCACGGACACGCGCCGCGGCAUUCUCGUGUGAUACCAGGGAGUGGCAUACCUUCCCGUGGCCGCAGCCUGUGACACCGGAGUUCGAUGGGGACAAGGACUGGUUUAGACUUGGCACGAUGGUGAAUGGAUUUGUGUAUUGGGCAUGUGCCGAUGAUGAAGCUUACAUGGUGGUAUUGAACGCCGCGACGCCGGAAUUCUCACGGAUUCGUCUGCCGUCGAUACUGGAGGGGCUGGGGUACAUAUCUAUGGUCGGCAAGACCAAAGAUGGGAAGCUUUGUAUGGUCUUCCCACUUGAAUUCACGUUACAUGUUUGGGUCUGGGGAACCAAUGCUGAUGGCACCGAGAGUUGGGUGUUCGACAAGAAGUUUCCGUUGGAUACGGUUGUUGAGCUCACCAAGGGUACACUAGAGGAACAUCGUCAACUGAAGGUUGUGGCAAUUAUCGAUGGAUUUGUGUAUUUCUCUACCGGUGAGCCGUCUAACUAUAAUCCUUCUGCCUGGUUUCUAUCUUUAUGCAUGGAGACAGCAGAGGUGGACAAGCUCUUCCAGAAGAAUUUUGACUUCCAUGUCCAUCCCUACGUCAUGUCAUGGCCUCUUGCUUUGGUAGACAACAUGGUGCGCCCUCAACACGAAGGUGCUUGACAUUGGUCCACCGUAUGGAAUUCUCCAGUAUUGACAUUAUCAAGAUGAUGAUAAUGAAAAGGUCAUUCUUAUCUUUAGAAGCAUAGCGGGUCAUCGAUAUUUUUAUCUUCGUUAGGAACUGACCUUUUCUUUUUAUGUCCAAGGACAGGCAUAUCGAUAAUAAGUUUAGCAGUAGUGCUGCCGUGCUGGUGUAUGCCUACUUAUUUUACUUCUGUAGUUCUGUUUAUUCCGUUGACAUUCGUUGUGCCAUUUAGCAAAGUUUACAGCUCUAGAUGAAUAGUUGCAUUUCUGAUUUCUAUCAUCUCUAGUCCCUUCCAUUUCACGUCUCUCCUUCAUUAGCCCAUUCUUUAUAUUUCAGUAUUUUCUUCUGAUAUUUAUAUACCUUGUUUCUUAAAAGUACAUAGUAUAAUGUGCAUGUUUCAUUUUUAAGAAGUUGUGUGUACUACAUAAAUUUGUCUUAGUGUAACUAACAAUGAUGAAUAACCAUAAAAAAGGAUCUUGGCUUGCAACCAUUACCAUAUCUAGUGGGGUGAUGGAUGUAACAUGUGUGACCUUUCAUUAACGACGGUGGAAAUCGGAACUUUGAAAUGUAACUUUUAUCAAGUCGAAUGCUGGGUUAUUCAUAUUUCAGAUUCUUUA